UCGAUAUACGUUCGAUUCGAUUCGAUUCGAUUUAUCGUAUUAUAAGCGCAUUCGUUUAGCAUGCAAAUAAAGAACCUGAAAACGAAUACGUUCGUUGGCGUCAUAUCGAAUGCGGAUAGAAUACGAUAUAGGAGUGUUUUGGAUCCCGUGGACUUUCUCCUCACGAUCGAAUUCAUAUCAUACACUGAUUAACGCAUCAAAAUCGCACCUCAUUUUUUCUCAUUCAUUCCGAAUACGAAUAGCAUUUUUAUAAAGAAUUAGAGGGAAACUUGAUCCACUCCAUGCGGCUCGCUCUUUCAUUCACUCAUCUGCCUCCAUCUUAUCCACAAUGGCAAGUGCAAAAUUUUCAGUUGUGAAUUUUUAUAAAGAGAAAAAAGUAGCAACGGUUUUGACUUCUUGGCUGGAUGCACGCUUGAAAUACUGCGCUUGGCCUUCUGGACCCUGUGCUGCCGACAAAUUAAAGACUUUUGCACCGCCUGAAAAAGCCUGGCCAAAGUAUCCUUGUAAACAUAUAAAAUUUGCAGACUCUUUAGAAGAAGCUAACCGCUACCGUGACAAGGCUCAAUUUCAGUCGGAGGUCGACUCGUCAGCGCCCGAGAGCCCCCACUUUUCCAAGACAAAACCCCGUCGUAAGAAGAUUCAAGUUAAAAAGCCAGCAUCGUUUUCUGCCGACCAGGAAUCGGACAGUCUCUCAUCGAACGAGGAAGAAAACGUCCCUACGACCAACUUUUUAAAUUUAGGUGGUGAGCAUUAUGCCAUAAUUUUAUCAAUUCUAAGUGCAUUUUUUCAAGUAUUAGUAUGCAUGUAAUAUAAUAACACACUG